AUGAUCUCCAGAGUCGGAUUGAGAGCCCCACGUGCCACCAGAAACUUCCAGGUUUCCGCCAAGUCUAUGAACUCUGUGUUCGGUACCCCAAAGACCGGUACCUACUCCAACAUCCCUUUCCCAGUUAAGACCAAGAGAGUUCCUUUUGCUCUUGUGUGGUACGGCACUUUUGGUUUCUUCUUUGCCUUCCCAUUCAUCACUGCUUACUGGCACAUGAAGAAGGCUGGUAACAUCUAA